AAAUAGCCAGAGAGGUUUAAGAGAAGUGGGAGGGGGCGGAGCGUGACAUUUGCACAAGAGUUCGCUUGGCACGAAGUAAGGGCGCGUACAGAAACAGAAGAGCACUGGCCGGCAUUAUGGCUCUGAAAGUCUGCAUCGUGGGCUCUGGCAACUGGGGAUCAGCCAUAGCAAAGAUCGUGGGAGACAAUGCAGCCAGACUGCCUCAGUUUGACAAUGUGGUGAAGAUGUGGGUCUUUGAGGAAUUAAUUGGUGGAAAGAAGCUCACAGAGAUCAUUAACUCAGAGCACGAGAAUGUCAAAUACCUUCCUGGACACAAGCUUCCAGCCAAUGUGGUGGCUGUACCUGAUUUACUUGAAGCAUCUGCAGGAGCAGAUAUCCUGAUAUUUGUUGUUCCCCAUCAGUUUAUCGGCAAGUUAUGUGAGCAGCUAAAGUCACACGUUAAAAAAGAGGCCUUUGGCUUGUCUCUGAUAAAGGGUGUUGAUGAGGGACCAGAGGGUCUACGCCUUAUUUCAGACAUCAUCCAGGAGAAGCUAGGACUCCAGAUGAGUGUCCUGAUGGGUGCCAAUAUAGCCAACGAAGUGGCUGAUGGGAAAUUCUGUGAGACAACAAUUGGCUGUAAAAACAAAGAGCAAGGCAAAAUUCUGAAGGAAUUGUUCCAGACCCCUAAUUUCCGUAUCACAGUGGUGGAGGAAAAGGACACAGUGGAGAUCUGUGGGGCACUAAAGAAUAUUGUCGCGGUCGGAGCUGGCUUCUGCGACGGGCUUGGAUUUGGAGAUAACACUAAGGCAGCAGUAAUCCGCCUGGGAUUGAUGGAGAUGAUUGCCUUUGCCAAGCUUUCCUGCACAGGAUCAGUCACGUCUGCUACGUUCCUAGAAAGCUGCGGAGUCGCCGACCUCAUCACUACAUGCUAUGGGGGCAGGAACAGGAAAGUCGGCGAAGCUUUUGCUAGGACCGGAAAAUCUAUAGAAGAGCUGGAGCAAGAGAUGCUGAAUGGACAGAAGCUACAGGGACCACAGACCUCAGCAGAACUAAAUCACAUUCUGAAGAGCAAGAGCUUGGUGGAAAAGUUCCCCCUCUUCACUGCAGUCUAUCAGAUCUGCUACGAGGGAAAGCCAGUAACCGAAUUCAUAACGUGUCUCCAGAACCACCCAGAGCACAUGUAAAGCCGACCAGCUCCCAAAAUCCUUUACCUUUAACCUUGUGCCUUUAUUUUAACUUAGAAAUUGGUUUUCUAUGAGUAUAUUUUUAAUAUAUAUUUAUAGAGGUGGGACAUGCUGGAGUGCUAGCUGUUUAACUACCAUUCCCAGAAUGCAUCCUACCAGCAGGGUUAGUUAGUGCUUGCUUAACCCUAUCAAAGCUUAGUUUGUAUCUGAAAUAACUAACUGGUGGCAGCCUUAUGGGUGAGCCGGGUGUCAGAGCAAUGCUGCAGUAGGUGCUACAAUCAAACUUUACUCAUUUAAUAUUUGUUUUAGCUAAUUUAUGGCAGGUUUCUAAUCAUUUUUAUUUGAACCUGAAAGCAGAUGUGUUUUACAUACACAGUGGAACAUUUACCCAGAAGCUUUUUAAGGAAACUCUGAUGGGAGAAUCUCCUUAGUAAUGUGCAAUGAAAAGCUUUUAGCCUAAUGAUUAUUAUAUUUUAAUGGCCCAGGCAUAUCACUGUAAAUAAGUAGUGGGAAAUGAGAGCAAUUAUGCAUUUUAAAUUGGUAAUCUUGGAAUGUUUACCCCGUGUGCAUAUCAAGCACAUAAUUGGGACAAACAAUUUAAGAAAAAAAUAUAUGUAUAAUAUUAAAAAGGGCAUGUAGGAGAUGCUUGGUUUUAUCCGCUGUGUUUAAUAUCAGUGUAUUCUCCCUGUCACUACAGGAUCAGUACAAACGUUAAUAAACUAUUUUAUUUACA